GCUGACUGAUGACGUACUGACGACUCUGCGAUGCUCGUUUAAAUUCCGCGCAUCCUUCGGUACCAACAAACGCAAACAAGUGUCCGCCGGGUAAUCCGCGUCGUGCCGUGCUCCUGUGCGUGUUAGAUCAAAUUUGAGCGAUGGGAGUCACCGUGUUGCAGCAGUACCCGAUGAUCGAGAACCGCACCGGGCCGCAGACGAUCGAGUUUCUUACGAAGAGAAUCGUCGCCCUCGGAGCUGUGCAGUCGGGACAAUUCCUGGUGGAUUGCGAAACGUACAUGUCGGUGCCGCAUCUUGGUAUCCAAAGGACCGUACACGUGCUGCACAAUUCGGAGCAACCCGCUUCGGUUUUCGCGAUCCUCGAGUCCGGUAACAAGAUGGUGCCAUUGAUAGCAGACGGCUUGUUCGACCUGCUGAUGAUGAAAAUGCCGACCAUCUACACCAGCAAAAAGCAAACGAAAAUCGAAUCGAAGGGGCCGCGCUUCGAGAUCGGCGACUUCUGCGUGAAAUUGGGCAGCGUGACGAUGAGUCAGAAUUUUAAAGGCGUUCUAGUAGAGGUCGAGUACAGACCGUGCGUGGUGCCAGGAAGCGCGUGGGAACUGAUACGCGAGUUCCUACAAGGAUUCUUAGGCUCAGCUGUGUCGAAUCAGGCGCCCCAAUAUCUCCAGAAUCGGAUGAACGAUAUUUAUCAGCCGCUGGACACGAUACACCAAUAUCUAGAGCACUUCGGUCAGUACAGGAAAGCCACGGGAGUGAAUUCAAACACUACUAUAGAAGAGAUCAAGACGCAAUUGCAUGAAUUAAAAAAAGCACCUUAUGUUUUAAGACAGAGUCUGAGAUUGGAUGCCAAGGGUAAAGCGUUGUCUGACUCUGAAACGGUGAAGUCUCUGUCACUGAAGACUGGUAGCAAGUUAUAUUUCAAGGAUCUUGGCCCCCAAAUUGGCUGGAAAACUGUAUUCCUCAUAGAAUAUGCAGGACCAUUGAUAGUAUAUCUAUGGUUGUAUCAGCGUCCAUGGUUGUUUUACGGUGAAGUUAAGAGCAAUAGCUAUCACUAUGUUGUCAACUUUGCAGCAGGUUGUUGGACAGUGCACUAUGCAAAACGUCUCUAUGAGACUCUGUUUGUCCACCGUUUCAGUCACGCAACAAUGCCACUGCGUAAUUUAUUCAAAAAUUGUUCAUACUACUGGCUUUUUGCUGCAUAUGUGGCUUAUCACGUGAAUCAUCCAUUAUACAUGACUCCAAGUUCAUGCCAGUUCUAUAUUGGAGCAGCCACAUUCGUGCUGUGUGAACUGGGAAACUUAUGCGUACAUUUAGCUCUGAGGGACUUGAGACCACCAGGUACUACAGUCAGAAAAAUUCCUAUGCCGACCAAUCCUUUCACUGCACUCUUCUCUCUUGUCUCUUGCCCCAAUUACACAUACGAGAUAGGAAGUUGGGUCGGGUUCACUGUGAUGACGUCGUGUCUUCCAGCUGGUUUGUUCACGCUUGCUGGUGCAUAUCAAAUGAGCGUGUGGGCGUUGGGAAAACACAAAGCAUACAAGAAGGAGUUCCGGAAUUAUCCGAAAAAUCGUAAAGCUAUCAUUCCAUUUAUUCUCUAAGUCGAUGUAUUUAUGCCAAUUUGUUUGGUGAGCAAACGCUAACAAUUUCCUAUUUCUAUUUGGUUUUUGUUGAUUAUUUUUACUUAUUAAAUAUUAAUAAACAUAUAUUGUAGAGGUUCGUAACAUUCUCUUCGUCACAAGUAUACAAAUAAUAAUGAUAAUUGUUAAGUGAUAUUCGAAUAAUGGCGAAAGAAGCAUGUACAGGGUAUAAGUGAGAUUUUAUUCAGUGUGGUUUUUUAAAGUAAAAUCUGUCUCUCUGUAUUCUGUGUAUGAUAAAAUAAUACAGUAAGCAUAUACCUUCAAA